AGUUCUUCUGAAGUGUUUGUGGUGCUGGGAGAGAGCGAGCCUUUGCAGCAGAAAUAGCGUCGCUUGUCUUUUCUGUCUCGCCCAACACGAAUAUGAUUGGAAAUAUCCAGCAGGGCUAUUGGAAAUCACUCUGAAAUCAUUGGAAAAGGGGUUGGCAGGACAGACCUGACAUUGACAGCACUGUAUAGAGGGGUUCUCUGUAGCUCGCACUGGCUGAAACGCUUCAAGGUUUGGUCAGUUCAUACAUUGAUGACGGAGGCCUCUCUCUUCCCUGUCUGAACUGGGGAACACAAAAACAGCAUCAUUAUCUUUGGAGUUACUUUUUCUUUUUUUCGUGAGCUGGUAUUAGCAUAGCUGUAGGUCUGUUGCCAGGGCAUCUAGGCUUUAGUAUUUCAGCCUUUGCUUGUACUGUAAUCUACUAAAUGGCGUCAGACACCAGUGACACAGAAGAAUUCUAUGAUGCUGCUGAAGAUGUCAAUUUGGUUUCCUCUCCUACUGUGUCGCCGGCAAAGUUGGUCCUUCCCUCAGUAAAGGAACACCCAGCAAUGAGCAAUGCUCCGAAUGCAGGACCGGUGUCUGCAGUGCAGGAACUGAAACCAGAGGAUCCCGUUGAGAUUAUUGACAGCAUUAUUGAGAAAAGCCGGAAGGAGAUUGACCCAGAAAACACACUUCUGACAGCAAUUCAGAAAGAACCUGUUGUUCAGAGUCCAGGCUCUUCAGUAGUGGUAGCAGAGCUACUACAUGAGCUUCCUGAACUGCUAGCGACAGAAAAGCAAAGGAGCGAAAGGAGCCAGGACUCUGUAGAACAGAACAUCUUGGGUGACCAGGCAGAGAAGCCGGGCCACGGCAUUCCAGAGACCUCUGCCAAGGCUCCAGACGCGAUCAGGUCACUGGAUCUCACCAGUGCAUUAGUGCAGGAGGCCACUGAGAGCACAAGUGUGCCAGUGCAACAGGGAACAACAGAGGAGAUCAAGGAACAAAAGAAAGCUGACAUUUUAGAACAUGUGAUGGUGGAUGAUUUUGAAGACGCAUCUCCACCUGCCAAACCCCCACGCCAGUUAACACUGGAGCCUGAUAUUGUGGCUAGCACCAAGAGGUCUGGCCCAGUGAGACCUCCCCCUCCAGCAGGGGGCGCCCCACCCAGACCCCCCCCGCCUGCUCGACCUGCCCCUCCCCCGCGUAAAAAGAAGAGUGACCAGGGAGUGGAAUCCCAGCGGCCAUCUGCACUGGAAGUUCCAUCAGACACAGUUAAAUCCAUUGGACUUGUGUCUCCCAACACUGCCAUUGAAUGUAUCACCAAAGAUCUGCAGCAUUCUUUGGAUCUGGCCAGUGCAACCAGUGGGGACAAAGUGGUCACUGCUCAGGAGAAUGGCAAGGCAGCUGAUGGACAGUCCUCUACCACCUAUGGGAGUGAAGCUUCAGGACCACAAAGACCCAGAUCCAACUCUGGACGUGAGCUCACAGACGAGGAAAUUUUGGCAAGUGUGAUGAUUAAAAACCUGGACACUGGAGAAGAGAUCCCGCUCAGCUUAGCAGAAGAAAAGCUGCCCACAGGAAUCAACCCGCUGACAUUGCACAUCAUGAGGAGAACAAAGGAAUAUGUGACUAACGAUGCAGCACAGUCAGAUGAUGAAGAUAAGUCGCAGUCAGCUGACACUGAUGGGGGAAAACUGAAACAGAAAACAACACAGUUUAAGAAGUUUUUGGGCAAAUCUGUGAAGAGGGCCAAACAUCUUGCUGAAGAGUAUGGGGAAAAGGCUGUGAACAAGGUGAAAAGCGUCCGAGAUGAAGUGUUCCACACUGAUCAGGACGACCCCUCCUCGAGUGAUGAUGAGGGAAUGCCGUACACAAGACCUGUCAAGUUUAAGGCAGCUCAUGGCUUUAAAGGGCCUUUUGACUUUGACCAAAUAAAAGUUGUUCAGGAUUUAAGUGGAGAGCACAUGGGCGCUGUGUGGACCAUGAAAUUCUCUCACUGUGGAAGAUUACUGGCAACUGCUGGGCAAGACAAAGUAGUCCGAAUAUGGGUUCUAAAAAAUGCCUUUGACUAUUUCAACAACAUGAGAAUGAAAUACAACACUGAAGGUCGUGUUUCUCCCUCACCUUCUCAAGAAAGUCUGAAUUCUUCAAAGUCCGAGACAGACACUGGAGUGAAUAAUUCUCCUGAAGAUCCUGACCUUGAUGAUAAAAGUGUUCCUUUCCGACAGCAGACAUUUUGCAAGUACAAAGGCCACACUGCAGAUCUGCUUGACCUCUCCUGGUCUAAGAACUACUUUUUACUUUCCUCGUCCAUGGACAAGACAGUGAGGUUGUGGCACAUAUCCCGGAGGGAGUGUUUAUGCUGCUUUCAGCAUAUUGACUUCGUCACUGCAAUUGCUUUCCAUCCUAGGGAUGACAGGUAUUUCUUAAGUGGGUCCCUGGAUGGCAAACUGCGUCUGUGGAACAUUCCUGACAAGAAAGUGGCGCUCUGGAAUGAAGUGGACGGACAGACAAGGUUGAUAACAGCUGCUAACUUCUGUCAGAAUGGGAAGUAUGCUGUUAUUGGCACUUACGAUGGGAGAUGCAUCUUCUAUGACACAGAGCAUUUAAAAUACCACACGCAGAUACAUGUACGGUCCACCAGGGGCAGAAACCGGGUGGGGAGAAAAAUCACUGGCAUUGAACCACUGCCUGGAGAGAACAAGAUUUUAGUCACCUCAAAUGACUCAAGAAUCCGACUCUACGAUCUAAGAGACUUGUCCCUGUCUAUGAAAUACAAGGGUUACGUCAAUAGCAGCAGUCAAAUUAAAGCCAGUUUCAGUCACGAUUACUCCUACGUAGUUAGUGGGUCUGAAGAUAGGUAUGUGUACAUCUGGAGCACGUACCACGAUGUGAGCAAGUUCACUUCAGUGAGGAGAGAUCGCAAUGACUUCUGGGAGGGAAUUAAAGCCCACAACGCAGUGGUCACGUCCGCUGUCUUUGCACCGAACCCCAGUCUGAUUGUGUCUGCAGAGCCUGCUGUAGACAAACCCGAGGAGGAGGGCAAAAGCCCAGAGGACCCCAGUGAAGAGAGCCUCCCUUCAGGAGCCUUGAAGACUGACUACACUGAAGUACUUUUGUCUGCGGAUUUCACGGGUGCAAUAAAAGUGUUCAUCAACAGAAAAAAGAAAGAGUGAAGCGGAAUAGAAUAGAGUACAUGAGCCUCAUCUUUUCCACAUUCUUUCCCUUUGUUGAAGCCUAUUGUACAUUUACCAAUGGUGGAUCCACAUGAUGUAUUAAAACAGGUGUUAAGUUUACUAAUUUGGUGGUUAAGGGAGAUUAUAUUUCUACAGAGGGCUUUGCAGAAUGCAGAUAAAGGAUAUUUAAAGUUUAUAGAGAAAGGGUUUGUAACUGUGUAGGGGUCAUCAAGAAAGCAGUGCUUGUUGUCUCUAAGUAUAUAGAUAAAUAUAUAUGUAUUUAAUAAUGGAGAUCAGAACUCAUGCAUGAAAAGGUGAUCAAGUACUCACACGUCCCUCUGCUUUUCUAGCUUGGGGGUGAAGUUCACAUUGAGUGAGUGGGCACCUCCUGAACAGUAACCAUGUGUGGAAAUUCUAAAACAAAUUCACUGUGUUUAAAUACACAAAUAAACAUGUAUUAACAAAUUUAAAAAAUACAAACAAAAAAAUGACAAAAAUCACAUUUCCAAACUGCAAAAUUGCUGUUUUUGGAGGAGCAGAAGCAAAAAAAAACAUUGAAAUUAAUGCUGGCUCAGCUUUAAACACAAUUGCCUUUUACCUUUUGUGAUCUUGUGUUUUAUUUUUUUUGCAGAAGAGAUCACUGGCUUAUAACUUUGACUGGCACAAGAUUGGAAACAAAUCUUAAAGGUGGAAUUGUAUUAGAAAUAUGGUGUUUAUUUGAAAAGAAUUGUAAAAUAAACUGUCAGGUUUUUUGUAUUGUUAUUACAGUGAACAAAGAAAACUGGUUUGGUCAUUUUAUUUAGGUUAGAGCUUCACUAUUGACAGCCUUUGUAAAUAUCUGACUGUUAAACUAAUGACAUAACACUUUAAGGUUCACUUACCUGGGAAAUGUUAUCGAUGGUUGAAAAUGUUUGAAUUACCAAAAUGUUAAACAAAAUAAAAAAAUUGAUCACCAAA